AUGGUCGCCCGGCACGGAGGCGGGCCCGGGGGGGACAACGUGCGUCGUGUGCGAGCGGCGCCACCCAGGUUCGUCGCCGACGCGGCGGGCAGGCCGAGCUCGGCGGUGCGGAGCAGCCGCAUGCGGCGAGUGUGCGUGGCGCCGCGGAACGCGGCGGGGGCGGACCGAAGCGCCGGGUUUGGACGGGGCCGCUGUGGCGGAGCGGGCGGCACAGGCCAGUUGGCGGUUGCCCGGACGCCGCACGGCUACGCCGGGCGUUCGAGCGCGCCGAUCAUUCGGUCCCGGGGGACGCCCCAGGCGCGGGGAGAGCGCCGGUUCGACGCCGGCGGAGGUGUGGGCACAUUUUCGGUGCGGCCAGCGGGGGCCGGCGAGCGCGAUGUGUCGGCGGCCCCACUCCCACCAACCCGGUUGCAGCGGGGCGCGGCGCCGAAAUCCAUUCGUUCCACGCCCCCACCCGGUUCACGCCCAUCCCAUUCGUCCUUCGUUUCCCACUCCCACCAUCGUCCACGCCCACAUCCCCACGCCCAACAAACCCGUUCACGGCCCAUCCAUUCGUUCCAUCGUUCAACAUCCAUUCCGCCCACGCCCAUCCAUUCGCCCCACGCCCACCAACCCGGUUCACGCCCACCCAUUCGUCCCACGCCCACCAACCCGGUUCACGCCCAUCCAUUCGUCCCACGCCCACCAACCCGGUCCCCGCCCAUCCAUUGUCCCACGCCACCAUUCACGCCCAUCCAUUCGUCCCACGCCCACCUACCCGGUUCACGCCCACCUACCCGGUUCACGCCCAUCCAUUCGUCCCACGCCCACCUACCCGGUUCACGCCCACCCAUUCGUCCCACGCCCAUCCAUUCGUCCCACGCCCGUCGCCUCGGCCCUCUCACCCUCCCUCUCAUCUUUCUCUCCCAAUAG